UUAAAUUCCCUUCCCUCGCCUUUUCUUCAGUCAAAAAGGAACAUUUUCGCGUCGUCUGCUUGCUUGUCACUAAUUUUGGAAGCGAUUGUUUCGCAAAAGGUUUAUUAAAGUAGCAAAGUGAAUUCAACGUGGUCAUUUUGUGCAAAAAAAGAUAAUGGAUUAUUCGAAUAAGUGUCGUAAAUAAAAAAAGGCCAAAGCUGUCAGGUUGAAAAUCCAUUGGUAGCAGACUAUUGGCGAAAGGGUCAAAAAAAGUGCGUGUGCCGUUUUCGAUUGUAUAUCCGUGUGGACCUCCGGUAUGUCGAUAUCAUCGAUGAUCUGUCGCAUCAAGCAGUAUCUGGAAGGUCGUAAGCGGAAAAGAGACGAACCGUCAGAAGCAUCAACAACCUUCACCAAAUAUCGUCGAGUAGCCGAUGAUUUUCCCAUAAUUAUUUCGACGCCGCUAAGUAAUGAUCUGCAUUCUAAAUCGGAGUCGAUUUCCGAUAGGUUGAAACAAAGCCAGUAUACUCGCAAAUCAAUGUCGAGAACAGAGGAGAGCACCGAAAACCAGCAACAGAGUGCCUAUUUUGGAGGGUUUGCUACUGGGAAAACGCGACUUGAAUUUGCGGAUAUUGAAUUUUCCGACGAUGAAGAUGAGUUGGAUUGGAUCAACCGUAAGCAGCGGGAUAGCAAAGCUACGAAUUCAACUGCAAACAUGCGACGUCCACCACCGCUGGCCAAGCUUAAACCGUUAACGGCACCAAUUCCUUCCUUAUUUCCUAUCCGAUCACAAAUGGUUAACGGAAAUUCCAGCAGACAACAACAACCGGAAACGUUCAAAAAACCAUUCGCCUUUAAAGCUCAGCAGCAACAACCAGCGAAGCGUAACUCGAUUGUUGCACAAACAUAUAAUUAUGAUGAAAUGAAUAACUAUCGAUCCUUGCUAAAGCGGCUAUUGCCCAAUUUGUACUCACCGGAGGAACCAACCAAAACUGUUGCCCUUACAAGCUCCCGGAAAAAUUCUCUUCUUUCAGCAGAUGACUUCAAUUUGUCGUCCUCUACAGCGCUUAAUUCUAGCCACACACCGUAUGAAGUUCCACAGAGAGCCGGGCCAUCCAGCAUAGUUCGGUCUAUUCCGGUGAUUGAUCUGUCAAUGGAGGAAAGUGAUUCGGAGGGAAGGAAAAAGCGCACAAGUCUCUUCACUACCAUCGACUUGUCGCAAUAUGAUAUGCCCCACGAAGAACCUACUAUUACUACGCCAAUCGUCGAUCCGGUUAAUACGCUACGCGAGAAACUCCAAGCGAACAGCAAAUUUCGCGAUGACAUUGUCGAGAAUGUUUAUCGGAGAUAUAGUAGUUCGUCUAGCAAAAUAAAAUCUCAAAUAGAGCAGGAGCGUGAAAACAGCAACCCCUUCAAUCAACUCGACGGUGUUCGAACUCAACAGCACUACAUCAGUAAAUGCUUUCCUCCUGAUUUCAGCCUAAAGGAGUUAAAGAAAAACACCCAACAAUAUGAGGGCACAUUCGAGCGCAGACUGGGCGAUUUCAUGCUCAAGUUUGACACGAUCGUACUAGACGAAGAAGAGCCCGAGGAAGAAGAGGCCUACCCAGAGUUAUCCGAUGAGCACCACGGUAUAAUAAAACGUGCAUUGUACGGUGGACCAAGUUCAGAGGUUGUUAUCAACAAAUUCAACAUCAGCAUCACCCGCAAUGAUUUAGCUACACUGAUCGGGGAUAACUGGCUGAACGACGAGGUCAUCAACUUCUACAUGAAUCUAUUGAUUGAACGAAGCAAACAGCAUGCCGAUGACGGAUUCCCGCGUGUGUAUGCCAUGAACACAUUUUUCAUACCGAAACUUUUUGCUUCCGGUCAUGCUGGUUUGAAACGGUGGACGAGAAAGGUGGAUAUUUUCUCGUACGACAUUAUUCCCAUUCCGGUGCACGUCGGACGGGUGCAUUGGUGCAUGGCCGUCAUAGAUUUGAAAAACCAAUCAAUUCGGUAUUAUGAUUCAAUGGGCACCCCGAACAAGCCGGUCCUGGAUGCACUGGAGCAGUAUCUAAAGGAUGAAUCGUUAGACAAACGGAAGAAACCGUUUGACACCAGCGGCUUUUCGAAAGAGCACAUGCGAGAUUGUCCAAGGCAAAUGAAUGGUAGCGAUUGUGGUGUGUUUAGCUGCAUGUUUGCGGAACACGAGUCUCGAAAUCGUGAAAUUGGUUUCAGCCAGCAGCACAUGCCGUAUUUUCGUCAGAAAAUGAUCUAUGAAAUUUCACAGGGACGUUUGAUUACGUAGAGCCAAUCAUGUUUUGCGAACGCGGUAAUAAACACGAAUUCCUUUCUUCUAUGUUUUGUCAACUGGAAUAAAAUGAAGACAAGACGCAGAGUAAUCAAAUCGAUUGAAAUAAUUCUAAGCUUAAUUUAUGGAUAUUUGCUAAAAAUAUAGGUAACCGCUCGUAGCAGCGAUACAUACAUGCAUCAGUUGAAAGUAAUACAAUCAGUGUAGUUUCAA